AUGAACUCCAACACAUACCACCCCGGGUUACGAAAUCAUCCUAAUUUCCGUUAUGGGAAUGCGGCGAACCAAGCUAACCCAAACUUUCAAGGAGCUCAAGGUAACUUCGCACCUCGUCAACAAUACAAUCAAGGCAAUUAUCGGGGUGGAAACAACUAUGGUUAUCAAGGGCAAUUUCAACAAACGAGUCAAGAUGGUUCGGGUCAAAGCUCAUCAAGCGGGAAUGAAGUCAUGGAUAUUCUUCAGGCUAUGCAACAAGAUAUGCAAAAGCGGAAUCAACUCGAUGAAGUCCGAUUGCAAAAGGAUGAGGUUCGUGACAAGAGCAUUCAAUCACUAACGACCCAAAUGGGUCAAUUGGCUACCGACAUGGCGGCGUUGAAGAAAAACAAAGGUCAACUUCCUAGCGACACCAAGGUAAAUCCUUCUCAUGGUUCGUCACGAGGUAAUAAUGUUAAUAUUAGUCAUGUUAGUGUAUUAAGAAGUGGCAAGGAGUUUAAAGCCAAUUUGUCACCGGAAUUGGUUGAGGGGGUAGUUAAGGAUGUUACGGGUAAUGAGAGUGAUGAUGAAGUUUCACUGGUUAAACCUAAAGAAUCAAAUGUUAACAAACCGGGGUUGGGUGAAAAUGAAAAGAGUGAAAAAGUUGAGGGUGAACCGAGUCAAGUCGCGUUUCCAUCGGCUUUACUUGACACGGGUAAGAAAAAAUUUAUUGCAUCAAGAGGUCCCCAAAAAGAAGAAUUGUGGGACAUGUUUAAACAGGUAAAAAUCAAUCUUCCACUACUUGACGCAAUAAAACAAGUACCCGCUUAUGCUAAAUUUCUAAAGGAAUUAUGUACACAAAAAAGGCAACAAAAGAAAAAAAUGCCUAAGCGGGUAGACUUGAUCGGGCAAGUAAGUGCGGUUUUGAACGGGGAGCUUCCCCCUAAGCUCAAAGAUCCGGGUACGCCAUUGAUAAAUAUACAAGUUGGUAAUUUUCAAGUGGCAAAGGCGUUACUUGAUCUUGGAGCCGGGGUAAGCAUUUUACCGGGGGGCUUAUAUGACCAAUACGACUUUGGUCCGCUAGCAAGAGUAGAGACAACGGUUGUUUUAGCCGAUUUGUCUCAUAAGCUACCCUGA